CUUUUAUGUCCCCAGUGCAUAUUUUGACCGGGCGGCAGUUAUUACUGGGGACUGCAGUGUGAGUUUCGAGGGAAGAUGGCUUCACCAAGGACAAUAACAAUUGUCGCCCUUUCGUUCGCUCUUGGCCUGUUUUUUGUGUUUAUGGGUACAAUUAAGCUCACACCGAGACUAAGCAAAGAUGCCUACAGUGAAAUGAAACGAGCAUACAAAAGCUAUGCCAAAGCUCUGCCCGGCUUGAAGAAGAUGGGCAUCAGCUCGGUGCUACUGCGCAAGAUUAUCGGCACUCUGGAGGUGGGCUGUGGCGUUGUGCUGACUCUGGUGCCCGGGCGGCCAAAGGACGUAGCCAACUUCCUGCUGCUGCUGGUCAUGCUGGCGGUUCUCUUCUUCCACCAGCUGGUGGGUGACCCGCUGAAGCGUUAUGCCCAUGCCCUGGUCUUCGGAAUCCUGCUGACAUGCCGACUCCUCAUUGCCCGGCAGGGCGAGGAUCACCCUGAGACGGAGGAGAGCAGGGAAGAGGAGAUUAAUGCUCAGGAAAACAACAAAGUCAAAGUGUCGUAGUGCAAUACCCCCGCCCCCACCCCUUCCUUGAGCUGGGCAGAGUCACGCCAAGCGGAUGCAUGGACGUCCCUUUGGAUAAUAGAAAUACAAAUGAAAAAAAAAGUUAAAAGCAGUCACCAGAAUACAGAUACCUACAGUCCUGAAUGGCAAACUGAUUGUUUUCACUUGCUUCUUUCUUUACUCACUAAACCCCCCCCCCAUCACCUUCCAUUGAAAUGUCAUACUUUUUGCAACAGUAAUGAGCUGAGCUCCCCAUGGAAACCUAAUCUGAUGCAAG